UCCUAGUUGCACAUAAGAAGUAAUCUUGCAGUUUUAAAGUAGAAGCAGUAAAUCAGAGUUGCUCCCUGCAGAAGGAGAGCCCGUCCAGCUGUCUCCAUGUGGAGCGGUGCUGUAGAAAGUGGGUCAGCAGCGAUAAGAGGAGGUGUGCUGCAGCAGGGCAGCAGCUGACCACUGUUUGGCUGCAGGAGCAUUGAUAAGACUGGGUGUGAAUGGCUGCUCUCAGCCAGCCAAUGGCUGAGCACCGGAUGCGAGAUAUCCGCUGCAACAACAAGCGCUCUGUUCCCCUUCAGCUUGACGCCAUUUACAGCCCAAAUCCCGACCUCCUCUCCGGAAAGAGCAAAAAAAAAAAAAAAAAAAACACACACACUCACACACGAGAAAAAGUAGUUGCAGAACCGUGCGGAUAAAACACAGCGAAUAAAAAGUAGUAGUCGUGGAGUUUUGUCGCUCCUUAUUUUUCUUCUUCUCCUGCAGUAAAACAAGUGGAGAAGUUUCCUCUGCGGCGGUCAAUGAUUGAAGUUUUCGCCUGUUUUUUAACGCCUCGUGCUCUUGCGCAAAACAUGGGAUUUACGUCUUAACGGCGCAUUUAAUGAAAAUGCGCUCCGGCUGGAAACUUUCUCAAUGGAUUUUACCGACGGCUUCCCAGACUGAUUUGUUGAUGCACGGAAUAAACUUUCUCUCAAAUUGGAUUUAUUUCACCUAAACGGGGGCUAAAGUGUCGAAAGCACGGACUUCAGAUGUGUCCCAUGCCAGCCACAGUGACCCUUCAGUCCCGAGAUGGAUUCCACAAGUCAGAACGACAGCGAUGGGGGAGGAGGACGAGACGGGCGGUCAACGCCAUUGACCGGCUCGCCGGGCACGCCGCAUGACGAAAGGAGACCGCUACCACGGCCUCCACAAACCCACGAGGGCCCGCCAGAUCCUGGGCUGAGCAACGGGCAGCUGGCUCUCAAUGCAGUAGUGCUAUCUCUGGAUCAGAUCAGGAUAUCUGGCUGCAGUAAUGAGUACACAGACGGGCCCACGGUCACCCAGAGGUCUCCAGCCUCUCAGCAGAGGCAGCAGAAGAGUGACUUGGCUACGUCACCAGGUUCAAGGACCAGUGGGCAGCAGGAGACACGGGAAGAGGGGCCCAAUAAUCUCCGAAACCUGCAUUCAUUGACUCAGCAUGGAAACACAAACACUGGCAUCUCCUCCAGGGAGGGCGUGCUGCGCUCCUCCAGCGCGGAGGACUCCCAGAGCAGCAUCAGGACCAGCGUGGAGAGCACUUCUUCAGGCCAGAGGCUCCUCAGCAGCCCGCCAGGCAGCAACCAGAUAAUCAGAACGCAGCCCAAACGUGCAGAGCUCAACUCAGAGGAGCUGAAACCCCUGAACGCCGAGUCCAGGGCGUUGACGGCCGUGCCGGGCAGCGGAGGCUGUAAAGAUCUAGGUAUCCACAGCAACAAGUGUGAGGACUGUGGUCGCUGCCGCUGCCAGGAGUGCAGCCGCCCGCGGGUGCUUCCUUCCUGCUGGAUGUGCGGCCGGCGCUGCGUGUGCUCUGUGCAGAACGCGGUGGAGUACGGGACGUGCGUGUGCUGCGUCAAGGGGCUCUUCUACCACUGCUCCAGCGACGACGAGGACACGUGCGCCGAAAGGCCUUUCUCCUGCACGCAGUCGCGCUGCUGCGUGCGCUGGACCAGCGUGUCGCUCCUCUCCCUGCUCUUCCCCUGCCUCCUCUGCUACCUCCCCGCUAAAGGAUGUGUCGCUGUGUGCCAGAGCUGCUAUGACCGAGUCAAUCGACCCGGCUGUCGGUGCAAGAACACAAACCCGAUCCACUGUGAGGCGGUCUGCAAGCCCACGUAGACGAGGUGGCGUCAGGAUGCAGAGAGACGGACAUGGUGACUGAACUGAUAGCUGCCCUGUAGUCGUGUAGUUGAACGGUUUGAUUAGAGAGCUAAUGAUGCUUGAGUUUCUGUGUUUUCCAUCUAGAUCUUCAUGCUUGCCACAUCUGGGCAGACACACACUCACAUUCUGCCUUCAAAUGUCAACAUCUGAGGCUAAAUGUUGCUCCAAGAGGCACUGGAGGUGCAUUCACUCACCCUCGCAUUAUGAGUUUCACUUGAAAGGUAAAAACCAAAACAAGCGCUCCACAUGUUAAAAGGUAUGAAGACGUAUUCAACUACUGUUUGUCCUGAAAAAUUCUUCACUCAAGUGCCCAGAUAUCGUGUUGUUGCUAUGAGAGUCCAAAUGGAUAGCCUUUUUUUUUAACAUUUAAUACAACUUAUAUGCUAAGAACAGACUCUUAUUACUAACUGUAUGUAAAGUAGUCAAUGCAAAGGGUAUGUACAUUAGAAAAUGAGUUUGACAGAUGUUUUAUUUUUGUACAUAUAAUAAUACUUCAACUGUGAAAGUUUUCUGCCAUACCAGAGGCACCUUGAUGAAUCCACAUUUCUAUGAAUCAGUAAACUUCAUUCAUACGAUGUUUGUACAUUCACUGGAAUGUAUAUCAAUCAUUUUAUGUAAUUUUACAAAGGAAAAUCUUAUCCCUUCUACUUGUAAAUUGUACAGUGACCUUAUAUGAAAAAUUUAUUUUCUAAUUCCGACAUUGCUUAGUGUAAAGUUAAAAAAUAUAUAUUUAUUUGAAGGUUUAUUAUUUUAUAAUGAAAAAUAUUUAUUUUGAGAAAGCAUGGUUAACGUGUCACCUCUGCUGGGGGCCGCUGUGUGGGCGCGGCGGGCACCGAGGUGACCUGUAGGAGUGUCAACGCUGGAUGAAUAGUUCACUAUGAAUUAGAAGACAAAUAUAUUAACGUUUGAAAUUAAACAACCUUGAAGUCUGAAAGAGUA